AUGAAUGAUACAAGUUUAUUACCAUUAAAGAUUUAUAUGGGUAGAUUUGAUAUACCUCAUAGUAAAAGAUUACAAUUUGAAAAGAUCAUUAGAUCGACAACACCAGACUUUGCAAGUUCACUUUCACAAUCUUCACUCUCUAGAAAUGAAUUGAUUAUUGUUAUUGAAAAGAGUUCCCCUUCUUCUAUUAUUAAUGCAAGUGAAAAAUAUUUAAAAGAUUUAUAUGGAGUUAUACUAUCAGUUGAAGAUAAUGGAUCAAUUAGAUUAAAUGAACAAUUAUCAUUUACAUGGUCAUCAUUUACAUCACCAAAAACAUUUUUGACUGGUUAUUCAUUACGUUAUGAAUUGAUUAUGACUUUGAUGGUAUAUGGGAUGUCUCAUUACAAUAGAGCUUCGGAAAUCAAUGACCAAAUUACUGAAUCAAAUUUUGAUGAUAGUGCUAAAGUUUUGGUUAAUCAUUUGAAAACUGCUGCUGGUAUAUUUGAUUUUGUUCAUUCUACUGAAUUGCCAAGAUGGUCAAAUCCACCAGAAGAUAUUCAUUUGGAAUGUUUAUCAAAUACAAGUCUUGGAUUAUCAUUGUUAUGUAUUGCACUUGGUAAUAGUGUAACGGUUAGAAAAGCAAUGAAACAACAAACAUCACAUUCAAUCAUUUCAAAGAUAUCAUGUGAAGCUUGGCACAAGAUGGAAAUGUCUAAAAAUUGUUUCAAAGAUCUCUCUUCUCACAAUUAUAAAAAACUACCAAAGAAUUUUAGAGAUUUCCUUUCUACAAAUAUAGCUCUAAAUAAUUCUAUUACAAUGAUGGAAAUGGGUAGACAUUUUGCUUUUGAAAAAAACUUUUCAAAUGCAUUAUCAUAUUUAUCAUUGGCAGUACAAUAUAUAACAAAAAUGAAGAAACCAAAUGAAUCUAGACAAAUUGAAAUUGUAAAUGCAUUGAUUAAUGAAAUCAAUUAUGAAAACCAAUCAUUGGUCAAAGAGAAUGAUUUGAUCUAUUUCCAAAAAAAGGUAGAUCCAAAAUCACUACAACAACCAGAACCAAAAAGUUUUAUCAUUGACCUUAAAUUUGAACCUCCUAUGCCUUCUUUUCAUUAUUAA